CUGGGAAGACUUACUUUGGUGGAGCAGCAAAGAACUGAGCUCACUGAGGCAAUUCCUGAGGAAUGGAAGGCUUCAAGCACAAGACGAGUUUUGGGCAGGAAAUGGAUGGAGAGGGGGGUCCUGUCAGUUGAAGAUCUGUGGAAUGACAUGACCAUUGGCUCAAAGAACAGGAGCUGAGAUAGAAGCUGGGAAGACUUACCUUGGUAGAGAAGCACAGAACUGAGCUCAUUGAGGCAAUUCCUGAGGAAUGGAAGGCACUGAUGGUUCUCAGGAAGCGGAUCCCCCUGGCCUGUGGUACAGAACAGAUAGGGAACUGACUACAAGUGUCCUCUGGAAGGUGGCUGACGUUGACGCUCGCAUGGAGCACCUUGAGCUGAUCGAGAAAUGGAAGUCGAGAGAUCUGGUGGAGGAAUCCAAGAAGUCUUCAUAUGGAGAAUCGAGUGGCGCGGGAUCUGCGAAAGGAGGAGGGAAGAAAGGGAGAGCAAAGGAUAGCAGUGGCGAGAGUGAGUCUAGGAUUAAGGCCUGGAUUGCGAGCACCUUCAGAAACUCCUUGAAGAAAAUUGCGGACAAACUGGAGGACGUGGAUCGAAAAGCAUCAGUGGCUCUGGACGUGAAAGGAAAGAAGAAUAUCAAAGAGGAGCAGUGUCAUGAUGGAGGAAGUAGCGAGAAGCGAAAGCGAGAGUUCGACUCACCUUUGAUCGCAAAAUCAAGGUCGAAGUCGAGAUCGAAAAGUGCGGGCGGAGAAGUGAAGAUUCGCCCUUUGCGAAUCAAUAUCUCCGAUGAAGAAGAUAUUCGGGGCAACAUGGAGGUGCACCACGAAACGGUUGGGAACGCAGCAGAGGACACCAAGCUGGACGAGAUUAAGGAUAUGCUACAAGCAUUGAUGAAGGGAAUCGGCGCUAAUUCUGCCGUGAAGAAGAGCGACACGAUCGAAGCAGCAACGGUGGUCCAGAACGUUGACAAGGUGUCGAUCGAUGAAGAGGAUCGGAGAGAGAAAGGCAAGGGAAUGGACCCGCAAAACGAAGUCGUGGAGUACAUGAGGUGUAGACUGGACUACUACAUGACCAAGAAUUACAAGGAGAUUAAGGCGCGGUGCAAGAGUCGGGACGUGAGAUGUUACCGGAAAGAUAGAGGAGUCUGGGAACUAGCCAAGCAAGAUACGGACCAAUUUACGAAACUGGUUAACAACACUGAGAAUGAAGCUGAAGUUGAAGAGGCGUUGGACGAUGAUGAAGAAAACACGGCCGAAGGAGAGGACUCUGAAGAUGACGAGGAAGGCAAUGUCUCGGGGAACUAGGCAUAUCUAAGCGUAGUUUGACACGCCUCCUCCAGAAACUGAGCAUUUGGCUC